AUGAUGAAAUGGAACUCCGAGAAAGACUUCGACGGGACCAACUACACGGCAUGGAAGACGCGCGUGCGAGCCGUAAUGGAGGCGAACGAUCUCUGGGACAUCGCAACGCUACGUGAACGUCCGCCACGCAGUGGCUCAAGGCAUGACGAAGACAAGUUUUGGCACCGAGAACGUAAAGCCAAAGCUUUCUUGCUGGAAACGCUGACCGACGAUCUUGUAGUCAGUGUUGGUGCUAAGCGGCCAAAACCUGGGGGAAAUCUAGUGGCAAUGCGUGAGAAAUUCAUUUCGCUGAAGUACGAAGACGGACAAGAAAUGACGACGCACCUCAACAACCUAAAGACUCUAGCCGAAAAACUCGCCCGCCAAGGAAAACCCGUGGAUGACCAAGAGCGAGUGUGCCAACUCUUGACAAGUCUACCCGAGUCAUGGUCCCACUUCAAAAGUGUAUACUUUACACAGGACCGCCCACUGCCACAAGGAACAAUGGAAGGCAACGUCAUGGCCGAAUUCUCGAGACGCCAAGCCCAAACGGCUCCAGUAGCUGUUCAAGAAACGGCCGUCCCCGCUGUUUUGAAAAUGAGGACUACAUGA